GGGUGGGAGUGUGUGUGUGUAUGUGUGAUGCUACAACCUCCUUAUAAAGGGACUCUCUCUCACGUUGUGGCUUGGAAAUUAGAGCACAUUGCCUAAAAUUGAGGUCUCCAGUAUUACACACUCUCUCUCUCUCCCACACGCCGAGUCACCGACAAGCUGCUGCCAUGAACCGGGGGAGCGUGGAUGAGCUGAUCAGCAGGGCCGAGACGCCCCUCUUCUGGGUCGGUGCGUUCACCGUGGCCUCCCUGGCGCUGUGGCUGCUCUACAGGCUGCUCACAGGCGUUAGGAUAUGGAUCCUGGGGAACGGGCAGCUUCUCACCCCGAAGCUGGGCAAAUGGGCAGUUGUGACGGGGGCCACGGACGGCAUCGGGAAAUCCUAUGCGGAGGAGUUGGCUCGCCGAGGGUUCUCCAUGAUGUUGAUCAGUCGCUCCCAAGAAAAGUUGGACGAUGUUGCCAGGUCACUGGAGGAUCAGUUUAAAGUGGAGACCAGAACAAUCGCUGUUGACUUCGGCAGACUCGACAUUUACUCCAAAAUUGAGGAAGGACUGGCUAAUCUGGAGAUCGGUGUUCUUGUUAACAAUGUUGGUGUGUCCUACCGGUACCCUGAAUACUACCUCCAAAUUCCUGAUCUGAAUGAUUUCAUCACAAAUAUGAUCAACGUCAACAUGACCUCUGUCUGCCAGAUGACCCGCCUGGUGCUGCCCAAAAUGGUUGAGAGAUCGAAAGGGGUCAUCCUGAACAUCUCCUCUGCCAGUGGCAUGUAUCCUGUCCCUCUGCUCACCGUCUACUCUGCAACCAAGGCCUUCGUGGACUUCUUCUCUCGUGGCCUUCAUGAGGAGUACAGACGGCAGGGCAUCCUCGUUCAGAGUGUGCUCCCCUUCUUUGUGGCAACCAAAAUGACCCGUAUCAGGAAGCCCACCCUGGAUAAACCAACCCCUGAGCGAUACGUGGCAGCUGAGCUCAACACUGUGGGUCUGCAGAGCCAGACCAAUGGCUACUUCCCCCACGCUGUCAUGGGCUGGGUGACCACCAGGCUGGUACCGAGCAGCAUUGUUAUCUUCCUGGGCGCCAGAAUGAACCGUCUUCAACGCACAGGAUACCUGAGGCGGAAAAAGCAGUGGGAGCAAAAUAACGGAGCCAGUCGGAAAACUGAAUAAUGAGGCUGCCGACGACGCAGGCAGCCCCUGCUUUUUGGCAGUGACUGUGCUUGAGGAAGUAUCUUGAUGUGAUUUGACCCUCUGAAGCUGCCUUUAAAAUGCAACCUUAUGUGCCUUAUGAGUAAAGAUGCACAGCAGACUUGAAGCUGCAACAGUCUGCCCUGAUGUCUGUCUGGGUAGAUGUAGCCAAAGAAUUCAAGAAGUUGUGAUAAAGUUGUGCUUUUGAUGAAUGGUGCCAAUCAGUUGUUGUUGUUUUUUUGUUUGUUUUUUUUUUCACUGACACUAAUGGUGGGAAUGAUGAUGUAAAACAAAUGACCGAACCCUGCUGUAGUAAACAGUGAAAAAUGGUGAUGGGCAUCUAUUUUAUAUAUAUAUAAAUAAUUAUUUAUUGUAUAUUUGUAAGACGUGUGUGCAAAACACAAAAUCCGCAACGCUAGCUUUGAACCUAGUUCUCUUAACUUAUGAGAUAUUCAGAAAUAGCGGUUUCUGCUUUUAUUAUGCCAGUUUAUUUGCCUUACAGAGCUCAUCAUGCCUUUUUUUUGUUUUUUUGCAGAUUUUGUGUUUUGCAACUUAUUUAAAUUGUCACUGUGGUGGGUUGUGGUUGUAUCGACGUGUCGCUUGUUCCAAGCUCAAGUCUACUCAGAUUCUAAGUUUCUUUUCUUGUAAUAUUAUUAGAAAUGGUUGGAUUCAGUGACGGGGUGGUUGUUUGAUUUAUUGUGACAGAAUCUCAGCUGUCAAAGUGAACGAUUUAGAUUGGUCUUUAUUGUAAUCACUCUCGCCCCUUUUUUGGCACGUUUCCUUAAUGUAUCUGAAUGGCGCUAAUAUUGACAGAUCAUUCUGUUGAAUGUAGAGCAAAGAUUUCAUUGGUUAUAGUUUUUUAAUACCAACAAUCUUGGGUUGUCGCAUCAUCAGCUUUUCAUCUAUGUUUUUACAGUUAGAUUAGUUUAGAUGCCACCAAGUGUUACAUUUUCAGAAUCAAACAAUGCAUAUCCUUUUUAUACUUGACGCCUGAUACAAUACCCCAUAUGAUGUGGUCUGACCUGGACCUUAAGUGGUUUUGUGAAUAUGGUUUAUUUUUUUUUCUAGUCUUUUUAUAUGCUUAAAUAAAGAGUUCUACAUGUAAAAUGCACUGUUUACAGUCAUUCUGCUAAUGCAACUUAUCUUUUCUACUGUUUAUUAAUAAAAGCUUUGGCAGAAGAA